AUGGACCUGGACACGGACGGCGUCGACUCCGGUGUCGGCAUCGGCACCGGCUCCAACGGCAACGGCAAUGCCAACGCCAAUGUCAGCUUGAAUGGGGGGAUCCGUCACCAUCCCGGCGUGCGCCGCUAUUCCCACUCACACCACAACGGAGGAGACCAGAACAACGGAAGACAUGCUGGCAGCGGCAAUGGAAACGCGACAUCGUCGUCGUCUUCCAAAAGUAACAGUAACGGAACAGGGCCUGGGAGUGGGACUGGGACUGGGAAUGGGAACGGGCACGCCAACGGGAAUACCGAGCAGAGCAUCACCAUCGCCAGCAGCACCAACGGAACCCACCAGCACCAGCACCAGCACCAGCAGCUGGCAUCUCCGCCCCUCACACAUCCGUCGGCUUCGUCCAACCCCCCGGCAUCCUCCUCCUCGGCCGAGACGGCUCGACGCCGCCGGCACCGCGACAAGGAGCGCGUCCGCGUCACCCGCGCCUGCGACAGGUGCAAGAAGCGCAAGAUCCGCUGCACCGGCAUACAGCCCUGCGAGCUGUGCAUCCGCACCGAGUCCCACUGCACCUACAACGCGUCGUAUGCGCGAGGUCGACAGCCGCCCGUGGCCACUCGGGAGGAUGUCGCCCGAAUGGACCUCGACGGCCUCGACGUGUGCGUCUCGGACCCCAACGCCGCUGCCUCCGCGUCUGCCGGCGAGAGCUCGUUGAGGAGGACAUCGUCCUCCAUGGCCGUCGACGUCUCCGUGUCUGUCCCUGAGCCCGUUGACGCCUCUGCCCCCCAUCAUCAUCAUCAUCAACAACAACAACAUCAACAACAACAACAUCAUCAUAAUCUUCUUUCCCAUCAUCAUCAUCAUCAAGACAACGUCGACGACCAAGACGACGACGACGAAGACGACGACGACGACGACGAGGUCAUCAUGAAGAACGGCAUCACCACCGCCGCCAACACCACCACUAAUACCAACCUGACGGCCAUCGGCGGGCCCGGGGCGGCCGAGCCCCCGUCCCGGGCGUCUCCCGAGCCGACCCAGACCGACCUCCAGGGCCACUAUGUCGGCCCCUCGUCCGGCGUGUCCUUUCUGCUGAGGGUCCAGAAGCGCCUCCACCAGGCCGUCUCCUUCUCGCAGGCGUCCUCCAUCUUCACCUUUGGCGACGCGCCGCUGCCGGACUUCGACCCGAGCGGCGCCUUCUGCGUCCUGCUCUCCAAGGAGGAGGCCACCACCUUACUCAAGCGGUACUUCGACUUCGCCGUGCCGACGCACCGCUUCCUGCACCGCCCGACCGUCGAGGCCUGGCUCGAGGAGUUCUACAGCACCAUGGGCGCCAUGAGGAGCCAGGAGGACGCCCCCGCGCGCAGGGCGCUGCUGUUUAUGGUCUUUGCUCAGGCGCAGGAGUACAUGGGCACGACGCACUCGCGGGAGAAUGCAGAUGCGAGCGCUCGUUACUUCUUGGCCGCAGACCACCAGCUGUCCAAGGAGCGAGGCGCCGUUCGCCUCACCAGCGUGCAGGCCCGGCUGUGCCAGUGCUUCUGGCUGCUGUCCCAGUCGCGCAUCAACCACUGCUGGAGCCUCUUCGGCACCGCCGGCCACCUCGCCCUCGCCAUCGGCCUCAACCGCAACCGCCACGCCGACCCGGCCGGCGGCUACAACUACAUCGAGCUCGAGUGCCGCCGCCGCACCUUCUGGUGCGCCUACAGCCUCGACAACUACCUCAGCGCCGCCCUGGGCCGCCCGAGAACGUUCCACGAUGAGGACAUCGAUCAGGACCUCCCCUCGUGCUCCGAGGACGCGGACCUCCACGCCGAUCACAUCACACCCAGGAUGGGCCGCGGCCAGUCCCUGAUGCUUGCCCCGGUCGCUCAUGUCAAACUCUCACGCAUAGUGAGCAUGAUCCUCAGGGAUCUCUACUCCAUACGCCCCUCGUCCUUCUCCAACCGGUGUGCGCUGGCGGCCAAGUACUCGCAGAACCUCAAGCACUGGCGCGCCGAGAUGUCGCAGUUCCUCGACGACGGCGUCAACACGGCGCUGCUCAUCCCCAUCUUCCAGCGGCAGCGCAACGUGCUGAACCUGGCCUACUGGCACGCCAUGAUCCUUACGCACCGGCCGUUCCUCUUGAGCAACUUCGCCCGCCUGCAGCGCAGCGGCAACGGCAGCAACAAGGGCCGGCGCCGCAGCGUCCCGCACAAGGACCAGACCGAGGAGAGCGUCCACGCGUGCCUGGACGCCGCGAUGCACGUCGUCGACACGGUCAACGACCUCAUCCAGGCCGGCCAGCUCUUCCGCGCCUUCUGGUUCACAUCCUACUUCGCCUUCUCCGCCGUCGUCAUCCUGUACGUCUACACCAUCCAACAGCGGACGGCGCCGGCCGAGACGUGGCAGGCCUACUUCAACGCCGCCUCGCGAUGCCAGACCCAGAUCGCGUCCCUGGCCGACAACGAGUCGACCCUCGCGGCGCGGUACUGCCUCGUGCUCGAGGAGCUGCGGACCGAGGCGCUGCGGCAGACGGACAGGCAGCAGCACGCCGAGAUGGUCGCCGCCGCCGCCGCCGCCGCCGCCCACCAGAACGGCGGUGGAGGCAGCAACAACUCGCUCGCCCGCGCUGGCGGCGGCGGCGGCGUCGUCGUCGUGGCCGGGGGCGAGGACGUCCAGGGCCAGCAGCCCGAGAACCACCACCUCGCCGGCCUCAACUUCUCCGACGUGGGCCACGGCGAGGAGUUUGUGGGCUUCGACGCGAGCCCGAGCAGUUCUUUGGCCGACAUGACGAGCUGGGGCCAGUUCGACUCCAUGGUCACGUCUGGCUUUGGCGGUCUCGAGGCCUUACUUAACGACGACUCGCUACGAUUUUAA